CCUUCGGCAAUGGCGUCGAUGGUGAUUUCAGUGCAAUUCCUUGAUCACUCCCUUUGACCCUCCCUUUGCCUCUAGACAAGUUCUAUAAAUCAUGUAAUUAAUAAAUAAUGAAUAAGAAGCAAUAAAAAAUAUCGACUCUUAUCGUUUUAUCACGGUGAGGGAUUCAAAAUAACGAUCUUCGGAGGGAAGGUUAUGUACGAUUUCACCUCGACGUCAACACAAAAAGGAAGUAAAUAAUAUAGUCAUCAAUCCAUUGGUGAUAAAAAUCUAAAUGAUUUUGUAUUCGUGAUAGUGUCGAGUGUUGGUUAAUUGGUGGUACGAUGAUGGGGAUAUUGUAUGAGAAAAGGCCCCUGAAGCGCCCGAGACUGGGCCCACCAGAUGUUUAUCCUCAGGAGCCCAAGCAAAAGGAGGACGAAUUGACCCUGACGAAUGUCAAACAUGGCUUUGCCACGACGACUUCGUUGUCCGAUGAAUUUGGUACGGCGAGACACUGCAAUGUCACUGCUGCCAAAGUCGGUGCUUACUUCAAUGCCAUUCUCGCUAAGAAAGAGGAACUGGCGACGAUGCCUGACACUGGCAGGAAACGACAGCAGAUGAACACGAAGGACAACUUCUGGCCUGUCACUGCCAGAACGAAAAACCAGAUCGAAACGUGGUUCAAAGAUUUAUCGGGGUGCAAACCUUUAGUGACGCUAGCCAAGAAGGCACCUAAUUUCAAUAAGAAGGAGGAGAUUUUUAUGACUUUGUGUGAAUACCAGGUGCCUAUGCUCCGAGCUGCGUGGUUCAUUAAAUUGAGCUCUGCAUAUACUGUGGCAGUCUCGGAAUCCAAGUUGAAGAAAAGACAGUUGCCAGAUCCAACUACAGAGUGGACUGGCACCCUCAUAAAAUUUCUGAAAGAUCAACUCUCGAAGAUAGCAGAGUACUACCAUUCUGGAAACCCCAUCCAUCACCCGUCAACAACACCCCCCACGCUAAACGGUUCCUGUAGCUCCUCCAGCAGUACAACCCCUACCAGUACUUCCAACCCUGCGCCCUCAUCCACAUCCAACCCAAACCCGACCAGCACCUCGAACGGCAGUACAACAGGGAACGGUACCCCCUCGAUGAACCCCUCGACCCCCAACUCCAAUCAGCAGUCAACGCCCACCCCCUCAAUGAACGACGAGCACCGACAAGCUCUGAAGCAAUGGCAUUACUGCGUACAACUGGCCAAAUACAUGUUUGAAGAGGGUCUUCUGGACCGUCAGGAGCUUCUCCAGUGGAUCCUCGAGCUUCUCGAUAAGAUGCGCUCUGCCCCCUCAGAAGAUGGCAUCCUGAAGCUGCUGCUCCCCCUGGCACUUCAAUACGUCGAGGAGUUCGUGCAGUCUGAGCUGCUGGCUCGUCGUCUUGCCUACGUCUGCUGCAGGAAGCUCGCCCACAUGCUCAGCAACAUCGACAUGAACACAUCCCCACAGAGCCCCAUGAUCCCACCGAUUAAAAUUGAAAAUGGGAAGGAUCCACUGAUCCCCCAGCCAGUGCCGAAUCCCUUGACAACUGCCUUCAACGAUUACCUGUCCUGUCCACAUCACAGAGGAGUAAUCUACUCCCUUUCAGCCAUAAUACAGGUGAUUAUUCUGGAGUGUCCAACAGCCCUUGUGUGGAACAGUGUUGGUGAGGGUAAAGCCCCAUCAGUCCUCAACGGAUCCCCCCUGGACUACCUUCCCUGUCCCCCAGCGAGUCUCCCCUGUCCACCGUCGACCGCAUCGAAUCCAACGAUGCAGCAGUUAAAGAUCGCCCAAGAGAACAUCAGACUGCGUUCCCAGGCAGCCGAGGGCAGAUGGUCCUGCGAUAAGUGGCAACAGAGUUCAGCUGGAAUGACAACGACUCGGGUGUUGGCAGCCCUGGAUGCCCUGGAUCGUCACAGUUUCGACAGAAUGGAUGCGACAAACUCCUUGGACACACUCUACUCCAAAAUAUUCACUCCACCCCCGAAGGAGACAAACAACGAGAGGGAACAAACUAAGACUGAGUACACACCCCAGCAGGACUCCGCAGUUGUUAAUAUACUGUGUGAAUGGGCAGUGUCGGCUGAGCGCUGGGGUGAGCACAGAGCAAUGGCUGUUGCCAAACUCCUGGAGAAGAGACAGGCCGAAGUAACUGGUGAGAAUAAUGAUGACAAUGACAAGGACAGUGUCUGUAGCAACGGAAGUCCCCCGACUCUACCUAUAUUUCAACCCCUUCUGAUGAAGUUCCUGGACACUGAUGCACCCAUUCAGGACAACAGCACCGCCCAGACCAAAGCACAAUUCACGAAUUUGGUGCAUCUGUUCUCGGAGCUAAUAAGGCACGAUAUAUUCUCCCAUGAUGCUUACAUGUGUACGUUGAUAUCUCGGGGAGAUUUAAUACAGGGACCAACAGCUAGCAAGCCAGGUACGCCUAGUAAUCGAGACCCCAUGGACGAGGACAGUCUUUUCCCGGGAAUUGAUCUGAAACCGACGAAAUUGGAGGUCUCUGAUCACGGGAGGAUGGAUCUGGACGAUUCGAAAAUUGACGACGACCUUGAUAAACUCCUGCAACACAUCAAGGAAGAUCAGCAGAACAGCAUGGACGCUCCGGACAGCCCCAAGGACGAUCUUGGGGGGCACUCGGCUGAAGGCCUGGAGACCAAGACUCCCACCAGCCCCAGUCGCCAUCUCCUGUAUACGACGCACUUUCCACUACCUCAAGACGAGUCCUGCAGUCAGCACGACUGCAACCAACGACACGUGCUACUGUAUGGUGUGGGGCGAGUCAGGGAUGAGGCACGUCACGGGGUCAAGAAGAUGACGAAGGAAGUGUGCAAGCUCUUUGGCAAAAAAUUCAGUAUCGACGUAGCCGAGGGAGGAAAAGUGAAGAAACAUUCUCGAAAUGAAUUCAACUUCGAGGCAAUUACCCAGAAAUUCCAGAACCUAAGUUACUUCGAUCAACACGUGGUAACCUGGCAAUGUGCUACACAAGUGAUCGAGAUGCUGAAUGUCUUCGCUCUGUCAGGAUCGUCUUACCUACCUGUACAGGAGCACGUGGCAUUCCUCUUCGACCUGAUGGAGCUCGCCCUGAACAUCUACGGACUCAUUGACGUCUGCAUUCAAAUACUGAAGGAGCUGCCUGAAGUCGAGUCUCAACUCGCUCUGAAGAACAGUCAACUAGUAAGGAGUUACACUACCAGCCUGAGCCUCUACGUUGUUGGAGUGUUGAGGAGAUACCAUUGCUGCCUGCUGCUCUCUCCAGAGCAGACAACAGCGGUGUUCGAUCUUCUGUGCAAAGUCGUCAAGCACGUAUCGAACCCCAGUGACUGUAGUUCAGCUGAGAGAUGCAUUCUCUCCCAACUGUACGACCUCUACUCCUCGUGCUCAUUACUGAAGACCAAAUCGCACGGGGUGGAGGCCUUCAGCAACGCCUAUCCGAAGAUCAGAGCUGCCUUGUACAGUGCCGUACAGUUGACCUCAUCGAAUCAUCCCUACAAUUCUCAGUUUAUGGUGGACGUGUUCAACAGCCCUCGCAGGGGCGGUAAGAUCGAGCCCCAAUGGGCGAGAUCCCUCAACGAAACCCCAGCCAACAGGUACAGUUUCGUCUGCAAUGCCAUCGUUGCUGUUUGCAGUGAAACUGAUAACGAUAAACUGAACGAAAUUGCCAUCACCUGCGCUGAGUUGACUGCUUGCUGCAACGCCCUGAGUGCCGAGUGGCUGGGGGUCUUCAAGGCCCUCUGCUGCUCUGCCAAUAGCUUUCCCUUCUACAUUGACGUGCUGAAUCAAGUUGAUGUGCAGGACUUGAGCAUUCACAAUUCACUGGCUGUGUUCAUUUCCAUUCUCAUCGCCAGACACUGCUUCAGUCUUGAGGAUUUCGUCCUCCACAUCGCUCUUCCGUCCUUGGUGAGGACCUGCAAUGAUGGGAGAGGAGAUGCGGACACAGAAUCAGAGUCCAGAGGGAGACUGACGUGCCACCUGGUGCUGAGGCUUUUCAAAACUGUCGAGUGCCCCCAGCCCUCAUUGUACUCAGUCAGCACGAGCCCUCAUCCUCUACCCAGUGGCAAUCCCAGGGGUUACAGCAUAAAACUGAGCUGUGACAGGCAUCUCCUUGCUGCGACACAUAACAACAUUCGGGUGGGGCCGGUGCUGGCGGUACUGAAGGCCAUUCUGGUUGUGGGGGAUGCUACGGCUGUUAAACAACCUCCGAAGAAGCCAGAUGUGCCUCUGACACACUCGGGGAAGGGAACUGGUCCUGCUAGUGUGGGAGGAGUUGGAGAACUGUCUAUCAGUCAUAUCCUUGGAACCAGUGAUAUCCUUGGGGGAGGAGACGACCUGGGGCUUGAUCUCGCUAUGUCGUCUUCUAGCAGCAGUGCUGGCAUUACUGAGAAUGUCAAGGGAUUGAGUGAAUUCGCUCAACACGUCCUACGACAAAUCUGCAGCCAGGAGUGGGUCCUAGAGAAGUGUCUUCAUAAUCCUGAAGAGCUGUUUCACGUGGAGAUGCUGCUAGAUAAUAUGCUAUCGGCGAAACAGGCCCAGAGGCUUCUCCAUAUGAUUUGCUAUCCGGAAACUUCCCUGGAUGCCUUUCACGAUCAGAGGACUCACAUCACAAAUAUUCUGGAGAAUCUGGAACAGUGGAGCUUGAGGAUGUCGUGGCUGGAUCUCCAGUUGAUGUACAAACAGUUCUCAUCGGGGUCUAGUGAUUUGUCGCAGUGGCUGGAUACUGUUGCCAAAGCUGCCAUCGAUGUAUUUCAGUUGAACAAUCCGACGAAUACUAAAGGGGAGAAGAGGACGGGAUCCAUUUGGUUGGUCGCCCCGUUGGUUUCGAAAUUACCAAGCGCUGUGCAGGGGAGAGUCUUGAAGGUAGCUGGUAAUUCCCUAGAAUCUGGCAAUUGGACAAAAGCAGGUCGUGAGCGUCGUUCAAAGUCCCCAUCCCUGUUCAACCACCAGCCAUUCCUGUCGCUGGUCCUGACUUGCCUCAAGGGCCAGGACGAUCAGCGUGAGGGUCUUCUGACCUCUCUCCACUCCCAACUCUCUCAAUUUCUAAACACCACAAAAGACGAGAAGAACGUUGCCUCCGAGGAUCCGAAGAGUCGCGAGGUUCUGCAGGACGCCCUGCAACUUCGUUUUAGUCUCGUCGGAGGUGUCUUUGACACGAUCCAACGUAACACGACAGUCACUAUCGAUUGGGCAAUUCUGCUUGUUCAAUUGGUGAGCUACGGUGUAAUCGACCUGAACAACAACUCCGAAUUGUUCACAACAGUGAUCGACAUGCUGGCAACACUCAUUCAUUCCACACUAGUCUCGGACUCUCAAUCGGAGAAGGACGAGAAUAAGAAGCACUAUCAGAACCUCAUGAAGAAGCUGAAGAAGGAAUUAGGAGACAGAAAUUCUCAGAGUAUUCAGUACGUUCGUCAGCUCUUACCACUGCCAAAAAUAACGAUGGAAGUGAUCACCUGUGAGCCUGUGGGAUCUCUAACCGACACUAAAGGUAACAAAAUCGCAGGUUUUGACAGUAUCGACAAAAAACAGGGGCUUCAGGUGUGCGAUCACCAGAGGAUUUCUGCAUGGGAGUUACUCGAGGGCCACAAAAACCCAGCGCCCCUCUCCUGGACGUGGUUCCGAGCAGUGAGAAUCGAGCGAAAGCCCCUGACGUAUCACAGUGCUCACAAGCUCCUCCGGUAUCACACUCACAGCCAAAUCAGAUCAGCCAAUCACUACCUGGAUCCUCCACCACUGCCCCCGGAGGAUCUGGAGCCAGAUAAGAAGGAGAAUGAACCCGGCAAGGCAGACACCCCAAUGAGCGUCGAUUCUCCCAGCAGACUGGGUCCCAUUGGUGUAAAUGCGGGUGCUGGAAAGGGUAAAGCGAUGAAGGCCCCAAGGAGACACAGAAGGAAUAAAGCAGCGACACCAACAGCUCCGGUACCACAGCAGAUACCACAGGCCCCUCCCAUGCAGCAGAUGCCGUACAAUCAGCAGGCCCAACCUCAGCCACAGCCACAAGCUGCCAAUCAAGUGCAGCCGGGAAUGUUUGCACAGGCGCCUCAACAGCAGCAGCAGCAGCAGCAGCAACAGUGGUACUCUAAUCAGCAAGGGCCAGCACCCCCUCAGCAAUACAGUUACGGCCAGCAAAUGGCCCAGACACCGGUCGCUGGACCAAGGUACGACAGGCCUGGCAUGAAUAAUCAGUCAAAGCAAGCGUUAUCCAAUAUGUUGAGGCACCGAUUGCCCAACCAAUUCAUCGGUGGACAGCAGCAACAAAAUACCCCCGUUGGUGGUCCUGGCUUCCAGGGGAUGCAGAGGCAACAACAGUUCAUUAGGCAACAGUUGAGGGCUGCCCAUGGAGCCCCUGGUAUCAAUCAGCAGGGGAUGUUUGCUCCUCAACAGCAGCAGAAUAUGUAUGGUAACAUGCAGCCGGGGAUGAAUCAAAAUUACACCGGCUAUGGGGGACAACAGAUGAUUGGACAAGGGGGACAGCAGGGCCAGGGACAGCAUCAAAAUCCGGGGCAUCAGGGACAGCCUCAUCAGAGUGCACAACAGCAGCAGAUGAUGCAGGCGCAGCAACAGCAACAACAGCAGCAGCAGCAGCAGCAGGGGAUGAUGAAUCAGCAGCAGAAUAUGAUGUUCCAGAAUCAACAGCUGAUGGGGGGACAGAGGGGACAGCAGGAGUACAUGCAGCAGCAGAGGAUGCAACAGAAUACUGGACCAAGGCCGUCUUAUUUGCAGGCACCUAACGUCACGAUGAAUGCAAUGGGACCCAUGGGGGGUGGUGUGCAAAAUCAACCGGCCCCACCGUACAGACAGGCCGGGGGCAAACCAGCGGGGGUUGGCGUCAGUGGAGGGGGCGUGGCUAUGCCACCAAAUCAACAGCAUUUCCAGCAGACAAUGAAUCAAAGACAGCAUUUGAGACAGCAAAUGCUGGCGCUGCAACAGCAGCAGGUCCAACAAGCCCAAGCUCAGCAACAACAGCAACAACAAUCUGGUAAUAAUGGGCAACCACCAACCCCACAACUGGUUGCACAUCUCCAGAGGCACCUGACACAACCACCCCAACAUCCCUAUCACAACCAACCUCCACCUUAUUGAUAAAUUUACUCAUUAUGAACAUUGUUUUAGCUGUAUAUUUAUAUAUUUAUAAUCGACGACGAGUAACUGAGAAUUUUUUUUCAUUUAUAAUUAUUGAGACCCUUUUUGUCUUGUUUUCUGAAUAUUUUAACUGGUGAUGAAGAACGGGGGAAUAAGCGAAUUGUACAAACGUUGUAAACUCAAUGGGCUAUUGUAUCAAUAAAAAUCAUGAGUUGGAAGUCUA